AUGCAUGCUACUCGCCUGCCCAAUCUUUCUCUCAGCAGAACCAGGAGGCCGCUUUUCGCAGUCUGACGACGGCGUCAAUUUCUCAGCCUGACGCUCUUUUGUGUUAGAAGAAGAAGUCAAAACGUCAAAACGUCAAAAAAAAAAAAACAACUCGACAAGAUCAUCCGCCGAAGAAGACGCCAAAAAGUCUAAACGAGGAGUUCCCCGAGAGGAACAUCGACGAAGUCGCCGCCAUCGACGUCUACGAAGACAUCGACGAAGUCGCCGACAAGAACAGUCAUGACACCGACAGUGUCAAAGAGGUCGAAGCCGGCAAUACCGUCAACAGCGGUGUUGCGCCAUCUCCCUCCUUUUUUUCUCUCACGUCAAAAAAAAAACUGGCUGUCUAA